UCCGCACGUAAUGACAGGGCUGCAGGGCAAGAGACUUUACAGAAGUGUUAGAGCAGCAGCCUGUGCCCUGAUCUUAUAGGCGUAGAUAUGAAACACCUGCAUUUUAAGGAUCAUUUUUGGAACAACGAGUUAACCAGCACUGCAGGAUAUGAUGCCAUUAUUCAUUAUCACAAUGAGGGGAAAAGGACUUGUAAGGAGGUGGAGGAUUUUCUGAAAGCCAGAGCUGCAAUUGAAGAGAAAUAUGCUAAAGACCUGCUGGGUUUGUCAAAGAAAGUGUGUGGCCAUAAUGAAAUGAACACACUGAAAAGGUCUUUGGACAUUUUUAAAUUGCAAAUGGAGCAUGUGAGUCUGGCUCAUCUGCAGCUGGCGCAGAGCAUGAGAGAGGAGGUCAAAAAGCUGGAGGACUUCAGAGAAAAGCAAAAGGAUGCCAGAAAAAAGAUAGAGCAACACAUGGACGCGCUGCACAAACAGAAGGCGUCACAGUUCAAGAAAACCAUGGAUUCAAAGAAAACUUAUGAGCAAAAAUGCAGAGAUAAAGAGGAAGCAGAUCAGAACGUUUAUCGAAACACCAACAACUCCAAGAACAUCGAAAAGUUUAAUGCAAAGGCGCAGCAGGCCAAACUGAACUCAGAAGAAGCUGAUAAGAUAUACCAGCAGAAUGUCUUUACACUGGGAAGUAUUAGAGACGAGUGGAUGAGGGAACAUAUGAACGCAUGUGAGAUAUUUGAACAGCAGGCGAUAGACAGAAUAAACAUUGUCCGAAACACAGUCUGGACCCAUUUAAACCUACUCUCCCAGCAGUGUGUUACUAGUGACGACCUUUACGAGGAAGUUAGAAAGUCUUUGGAACAAUGCAACAUCCCGGAAGACCUCGACCACUUUGUAAAUCUUAGAAGAACUGGAGACAAGCCACCAGGACCACUUGCGUAUGAAAACUUCUACAGUGGUCAGAGAGCUCCACUUGCAGCACGUCCUUCUCAAGUUCCUCCACCCGUCAACAGGAGAGAGGCACUGCCAGUUCCAAGUUGCCCCAGUGACGGAGCAAUCUACUCUACGGUGCAAGAUGCUAACUACAGUGUGGUCAGAUACUAGCGACAAGAUACUGCGACUAGUGUGGCACCUUAAAAAGUGUAAAAAAACAACUUUGUGCAUGUUCAACUGAAAGCGUGUCAUACUUUUAAUAUUUAUUUAUGUGUUAUUUGCAGUGUAGGAUAGUUCGGAUCAAAAUCUUAAGA